UUUUCAAUUUGGUUGACAAAAAAAAGAAAAAUUAUCUUCCUUCAUGUGGUGGUAAUGUGUGCCAAUGAAUUAAUUCGUGAAAUUUAAUUUCCUAGCGAAGUUUAGCAGCUCCUCCGAAAUUCCAAGAUAUUUCCAAUUGUGUACUUUAAAAACAGAUUAAGAUGUUGAUGCCCAAGAAAGAACGUAUGGCUAUUUACGAGCACCUCUUCAAAGAAGGAGUCAUGGUCGCAAAGAAAGAUUUCCAUGCUCCCAAACACCCUGAAUUAGACACUAUUCAGAACCUUCACGUCAUUAAAGCUAUGCAGAGUUUGAAAUCCAGAGGAUACGUGAACGAACAAUUUGCUUGGAGACAUUAUUAUUGGUAUUUGACAAAUGAUGGUAUCCGUUAUUUGAGAGAUUUCUUGCAUUUACCCCCAGAAAUUGUUCCAUCGACUUUGAAAAGACAACCGCGUCCCGAAACUGCUCGUCCUAAAACUCCAGCUGCCAGACCAGAAGCUGGCCGAUCCGCCGAAGAUAGAGCUGGAUAUAGACGUUUACCUGGUGGUCCUGGUUCUAGCAGUGAUAAGAGAACAGACGUUGGUCCAGGAGCUGCUAAUUUAGAAUUCAGAGGUGGUUAUGGAAGAGGACGAACUCCACAGUAAUUUUGUACCGUAAAUUUUGUUUUAAAUACAAUCUAAUUUACUAAAUA